CCACACCAAACGCCGGCGGAGUCGUCAGUCGUGCGUGCCGGUGCCCGUCCCGUUCUGCCCCGCUCCCCUCCCCCGACUCCCUCACUCUUCCUCUUCCGUUCCAUUCAAGAUCCCUGCAGCCGUCCGUCCAUCCAUCCAUUCAUCCGUUAAGAGGAGAGGGGAGGCCGGCCGGCCGGCCGGUGGAGCGGAGAUGAGGGGGCAGACAGAGACAGGCCGGUGGCGAGGAGGCGACGGCGUUGCGGCGUGGUGGGUGGCCGUGGUGGCCCUGCAGCUGGGCCAUUCGCUGAGCCGCGCGCGGGCGGGGCUGCUGGAGUCCAACCCGGGCCUUGCCUACAACUUCUACCAGAGCAGCUGCCCCAGCGCGGAGUCCAUCGUCCGCAGCGUCACCUGGGCGCAGGUCGCCGCCGACCCCGCGCUCCCGGCCCGCCUCCUCCGCCUCCACUUCCAUGACUGCUUCGUCAAGGGCUGCGACGCGUCGAUCCUGCUGGACAACGCGCAGAGCGAGAAGACGGCGGCGCCGAACCUGUCGGUGGGCGGGUACGAGGCGAUCGACGCGAUCAAGGCGCAGGUGGAGAAGGCGUGCCCGGGGGUGGUGUCGUGCGCGGACAUCGUGGCGCUGGCGGCGCGCGACGCGGUGUCGUACCAGUUCGGGGCGUCGCUGUGGCAGGUGGAGACGGGGCGGCGGGACGGCGGGGCGCCGUCGCUGGCGUCCGACGCGUUGGGGGCGCUGCCGUCGCCCUUCGCGGGGUUCGGCGGCCUGCUGGCGGGCUUCGCCAGUCGCGGGCUCAACCUGACGGACCUGGUGGCGCUGUCGGGGGCGCACACCAUCGGCGUGGCCAGCUGCUCCAGCGUCACCCCGCGCCUGUACCAGGGGAACGCCACCAGCGUCGACCCGCUGCUGGACUCCGCCUACGCCCGCGCGCUCAUGUCGUCGUGCCCCAACCCGUCGCCUGCGUCCGCCACCGUGGGCCUGGACGGCGGCUCGCCGGCCAGGUUCGACAGCGGGUUCUACGCCCGGGUGCGCCAGGGCCAGGGCACGCUGGCCUCCGACGCCGCGCUGGCGCAGAACGCCGCCGCCGCGCAGCUCAUGGCCGACCUCUCCACCCCCGCCAGCUUCUACGCCGCCUUUUCCAUGUCCAUGAAGAAGAUGGGCCGCGUCGACGUGCUCACCGGCACCAACGGCCAGAUCAGGAAGCAGUGCCGCCAGAUCAACACAUCUUGAAUACCUUGGUUUCUCUUCAAAUUUUUUUUCUUCUCUCCUGGCUUGCCUGAUGGCUCCCUCCCAUUCAUCA